AUCGAAGCAAUUUGUUCUGAAACGAACUCCAGCGGUAACCAGCGCCGGUCGGUACCCUCAUCCCGUUAAGCGUGCAUUGUGUAUCUACAAUAAUGCAUCGCAUUCAGUUCAGAAAGUUAUCUUUCUAUUUGACUAGGUACUUUGUUUCGAAUUUGCAAACAGACGGCUAUCUUAUCGGCUCAUAUUAGUAGGAGUUGUACAUCGGUAACACGCGUUGGUGUAUCAAACUGUGAUGUGAGCUCUCAGCUGUGUUUGUGAUAUUUUGUGAGGAUUUUCUUUUGUUUUUGACUGUCAAGUGAAUAUUUUGAAGUGACAAUGAAUGAAGGCACAGUUGAUAUCGGCAGUGAAGUCGAAAAAUUAAGAGGGCCACAAGAGAAAGAGGAGAAUAAGUCACCACCAUCAUGUGGGGAGAGUCGACCACAGAAGUACCGCAUUCUACUAGAGCCAGCCCUCGUGGGAGCCAUGAUAGCUAUCAAUCUAGGUCAAACAUCUUUACAGAACUUCUAUUUGCAAACUGCCUGUACUGUCGACUUGGGAGUGGACUUAGCAGUUUGCGAAAAAGGAGAAAUGGAGGCUGAAAGUCAAAUAGUAGUAUCAGGCGUAAACGUCAGUAGAAGUUUCAUAGGAUCUCUCAUAUCUACCAUCGUCCUUCUGUUUGUGGGGCCAUGGAGUGACUGCAGUGGUCGUCGGAAGCCAUUGCUCAUACUACCGCUGGUCGGCAUGAGCGUCAUGACGACGGGAGUGUUACUCAUGCUCACCUUCCCAGGAGCGUCCACGGUACAAGUCCUGUAUACUGUACAACUGCCCAUAUCUCUGGGCGGCAACUUCGGCCUCCUCCUAGCGGCCGCAUUCAGUCACAUAGGUGAUGUGUGCUUCGCGACGGGCCGUGACGUCACUCGAACCAUGGGCACCCACCGGGCCGCCAUACAAAUAGCCCACGUGUUGGGAGCAGUGGGCGGCCCCCUACUAUACCGAUACCUCGGAUUCUUCGGUGUGUUUCCACUUGUUUUAUUUCUACAGCUAUCAUCCCUAGUGUACGUGAUCUUCGCAGUGAAAGACGUCAGUGUGAAUACGGACAAUAAAGUGUCGGUAUGCAAUUGGAAGCUGCCGUUCAAUGCCGUCCACUGUUUGAUAAAACCCAGGGAAGGCCGCAAGAGGAUGAUCAUAUUCCUCAUGUUGGUUGUUACUUUAGGAGAUAGAAUGUUGUUAUCUGCGGAGGUGUUGAUCGCCUAUAUGUACUACAGGUAUAAAUUCCAAUGGACUGAUGUGAUGUUCGGGUCCUACUUAGCUUACAGAAACAUUGUCAGUUUUGUUGGUACAUUGCUAAUUCUCUCAAUAUUAAAGCGCAGGCUGAAGUUAGCCGAUGAAACUGUAGGCAUGCUGAGUUGUGCCUCGUACAUCCUCGCCACCACGGGUCUUAUCACUUCCACGACCACUUGGUGUGUUUUUAUGUUGCCCUUGAUUGGAAUAAUCUCACAAGGCUCGCAGGUGGUACAGAGACCUAUUUUGAACAAACAAAUACUACCGACUGAACAAGGUAAAAUUUACAGCGUGAUGGGUUCACUAGAAUCGGCGAUGCAAACGAUGUCUUCGCCUUUGUACUCCUUACUUUAUACAAAGACUGUAGCGAAUAUGCCAGAUGCCUGGUUAUUACCAGGAAUUACUCUAGCUUUCUUCCAACUAUUAUCCUACUUAAUAACGAGGAAAUUAAACCAAGAAGCAGCUUUAACACCUAAUGCAAAGGAUCUUGGCGACGCUGAAAAGAACGCUGAAGUUAAAAUACCAUUGCAAUCGAAAGACCCUGAUAGUAAAUCAUAAAUUACUUAGUAGGUUUUUAGAAUUAUCAUUUUGUAUACGAAAACGUUACUUUUAUU